CAGAGCAGAGCGCAGAAAGCAGGAGGAAGAGCCCAAAAGUGGACAUUUAACAGUGUUAUUACAGCCCGGUCUGCAGAAUGUGAGGUUUAGUUCUAGUUUUUUGUUGGUUUUUGGUGCGUGUUUGUUUUUUACGCACCGGGAUUUUUGACGCAUCAUGGAUGAGAAGAUGACGCACGGGAUUAAAGUAGCACUAAAACAUGGAGUAUUUGUGGAAUUCAUGUAAUAAUUCCACACUGAGUUCAUCUUCCUUUACUAUGGGGUCAGUUUUUGUGGUAUGAUGUUGGAAUAUUAUGGGAUUUGUACCAAACUCCACAUGACGGUCCGUGAACGCCUCACAUGCCUCUGGGUUCACUGAACUGCUGCUGCUUUUUCUGUGGUUUUUCGACUAAAACCAACCGUUUGGAGCUUUUUUUUUUUUAUUAUUAUUAUUUUAACUCAGAGUUGAUGGAUAUUUCUCAUCUUCACUGUGAAUCACUCAGAAACAACAUCAUGUACGCGGGACGGAAACGGCGAAAACCCGUGCCAAAGGGAGUCAAACCCAGUCCACCUGAAGGCGCCAAAUCCAACCCGUCCAAACGCCACCGUGACCGUCUGAACUCGGAGCUGGAGCGUCUGGCCGGUCUGCUGCCCUUCCCCGAGGACGUCAUCGCCAGCCUGGACAAACUGUCCAUCCUGAGACUCAGCGUCAGCUACCUCCGAACCAAGAGCUUCUUCUCAGUGGCGCUGAAGGACCAGGUGUCCAGUGGUUCAUCCGACCGCUGUGAUCACAGUGAAGCCAACAGGGAGUCGCAUCCGGUGGAGGGUCCGAUAUCUGAGGGGGAUCUGCUGCUCCAGGCUCUUAAUGGCUUUGUGUUGGUGGUGACGGCCGAGGGUUUCAUCUUCUACUGCUCUCACACUAUCCAGGACUACCUGGGCUUCCACCAGACUGAUGUGAUGCACCAGAGUGUGUUCGAGCUCAUCCACACCGAAGACCAGGAGGAGUUCAGGAGGAACCUGCACUGGGCCCUGAACCCCCCCACGGACCAGGGAACCACCUCUGACCCCCCAACAGAUGGUGAAUCUUUGUCGACCUCCACCUGCUUCGUAAACUACAACCCAGAGCAGCUUCCACCUGAAAACUCCUCCUUUCUGGAGAGAGGCUUCGUCUGUCGUUUCCGCUGUUUGUUGGACAACUCCUCAGGAUUUCUGGCUUUGAAUAUUCAAGGUCGACUCAAGUUUCUCCACGGUCAGACCCGUCCGGAGAGCGACAACGCUGAGUGUCGAACGCCGCCUCAGCUCGCCCUGUUCGCCAUCGCCACGCCCCUCCAGCCCCCCGCCAUCCUGGAGAUCAGAACUCGGAACAUGAUCUUCAGAACCAAACACAAGCUGGACUUCACACCCAUGGCCUGUGACGCAAAGGGGAAAAUCGUACUGGGCUACACCGAGGCGGAGCUGAGAGUUCGAGGUUCAGGUUAUCAGUUCAUACAUGCGGCCGACAUGCUGUACUGUGCUGAAAACCACGUCCGAAUGAUAAAGACGGGUGAGAGCGGUCUGACCGUCUUCAGAUUACUCACCAAGGAUAAUCGGUGGAAGUGGGUCCAGGCCAACGCCAGACUUGUCUACAAGAACGGAAAACCAGAUUACAUCAUUGCCACCCAGAGGCCUUUAGCGGAUGAGGAAGGAGGGGAACACCUGACCAAGCGAUCUAUGCAUCUUCCCUUUACCUUUGCCACUGGUGAGGCUCUUCUCUACCAGACCAGCUAUCCACUGCAUGGCUUCCCUGACACCUUUCAGGGUAAAGCCAAAGGCAGCAGGGCCAAGACGGGCAAACUGGACAAGAGUUCCUCCGAUGACCUGGACCCCAAAUCCUUAUUAGGAGCACUGAUGAGCCAAGAUGAGUCUGUGUAUGUUUGCCAACCGGACACCGAACCUAAAAUGCCGUACCACAAUGAUCUCUUUAGCGAGCAUCAAGUUGUGAGCAAUGGUUUUGGUGACGACAGCUGGCAUAUCGUACAUAACAGUGAGAAACCACCCAGUUAUGACCCUUUACUGGCCACUCUGGACUCUCUAUCCCUGGAUGGUGACGAUACAUGCUCCAACAGCGAACUCUUUAACGCUCUGGAGAACCUUGGGCUCAACGCUGAAGACUUGGAGCUUCUGCUGCUGGAUGAGAGGAUGAUCCAGGUAGAGCUGGAUCCAAAUCAUGUCCCGAGCCUCAGCGACCUCCUCUCCAACAACGAAAUCCUGUCUUACAUCCACGACUCGCUAGAGGUUGACGGACAAGUGGACGGGCAUGCGUUUGAAGCAUUGACUCAUCCAGAAAACUUAGACAUAGGCCAAAGUCUAACAGGAGGUAGGCAGCCGAUAGUUCAGCUGUCGCAACAAAUGCAGCAACACAUCGGUACAACUGAGCUGCUCAAAGCUCAACCCGGACAAAUGUCUUCCCAUCUGGGACCAGUCAACACUAAUGUACUACCUGAGGUUCUUAAUGAGGCCUGGGCAGUUCCAAUAGAGAAUCAUCACCUUCCAGACGGAUACAAUCAUCAGCAUCCACAAACUGCCAUUAAAAUGUCCCAGUUAAACACAGAGCAUAAACCCCUUACCUCAGUCGUGGUGUCGGGUCAACAUCAGGACCAUGAAAGCACCGAGGUCGUCCUCAAUGAUGCCCUCAUACCAUCCUACCACAAAGGACCUGGGUCUUUAACAAACGGAGCUUACAUCCCAAAUGAUCACAGCGGCUUUUCGCAAAAUGACUACAACAUGUCAAGCACAGCACAUGUAAGUGGGAACAUUGUGAACGGUGACGCCAGAGUGGAUGUUUGUCACUACCAGAGUUUGGUGGCCACCACUCAGACCUCUUUGCUGCAGGGUCAAAACAAACACCAGCAGAUGUUGCAGCAGACUCAGGUUACGGCAUCUUGUUUGACGCCGUUUCCAAUGCAAAACCCUUCCACACUGGAUUUAGAGCAGUUUCUAGCUCUGUCGCAGCCUCAACACAACCAAUCACCUACAGAUGCCUACAACAUGAUGAACACCACGACACCAAACACACACAGCAAGUUGGAGAACGGCUGCCUGCUCAGUACGUCCAACGCAGCGUAUUUCAGGACCUGUCUGAUGCCCAAUGGAAAUGGAAUGGUACCAGGAAACAUCCCUGUACCCUGCCCUGAGGGACUCCCACCCCUGCAGGACCCCCAGAAGUCUGGAUUUUUCCUCUGAGGGGGAAUUCACACAAAAGACACAAAGAGGAUUUAAAA